CCCCGUGUCCCUUUUCCGGCUCUCUUGUUCCAUAUCUUCCGCGAAUGCACCCCCGCCUUCCGGCUUUGUAAAUGCAACUCGUCCUGCUCUACCUGCUUUACUCCUAUUAACAAACCUCUUACCCAGCAGACCCUCUUGCUCAGCUACACUCCCGACUCUCCCUACUCCGAUGUCCAAACCCAUGAACAUAUCAAAUCUUCCACCGGCGGCCCGCAACGCUAUUGCCACAGUGCGCCGCGUACGCAAGCUUUCGGCUCCGUAUCUUCCAACAAUCUGUCGCGUCCUCCUCGUCUCCACUUUCGUCGAAGAUGGCGUCCGUAUCCUUUUCGAGAUGCGCCACCAAGUCGACUUCUUGACACACGAGUACAUGCUUCCUGGCUUCAUUGCCACCUUUAUGCUGCUCAUCAACAUUGUUGUCUCGUUUCUGGCUGUUGUCUUCAUCCUUGGGCGAAAGAAGAUCGCAAGAGGUGCUUACGAAAACUACGCUGCGUACGCUCUCAUCGCAUGCAUCGCGUACCAACAAAUCCUCUACGGCAGACAUUCUCCGAUCGGCUCGGGUAAUGUGGGCUUCCUAGUCAGAAACCUGUGCUUGUCGGGCAGUUUGUUGCUCAUCACAUGCCAGACUCGUAUGGCCUCCGGUCGAAGCGCCCUGCCAAUGGGUUUGCUCGAUGGUCAAACUGACAAGAAGACAACAGUUUCAUAUCUCCAGCUCGCCUCCCGCAUCCUGCUCGUCUUGCUCGCUAUUGAAUUCUCUUUCACUAUGGGGACCGUAGGCACUGUGCUUACUCUACCUGUCAUCCUUGCUGUGCUCGUCGGAUAUCAACUGGAGAUCUCUGGCGGUAUAUUAUUAAUCCUCUACCUCGCCCACAAUAUCAUCCAAUCCGCCUUCUGGUCUGUUUCGGGCUCCUACGUCUCGCAGAUCAUGCAAUACGAGUUUUUCCAAACUGUUUCGAUAAUGGGCGGAUUACUGCUCUUGAUACUAACUGGACCCGGUGAAUUCUCGGUUGACGAGUUGCGGAGUCGAAAAGCUUUCUAACGCGGUCCUCCAUCGUCGAACCUUUAAUAGAGUAGAGGAACUGCAGGCGUUCAUCGGCAGUAUGACGAUUAGUUUGCGGAAACGACGAGGUGAUUAAAAUGUGUACAUUCAACAGCCUGCUGUCCACCUCUGUAUUAGGGGCGAUCUCUAAACUGCAUUCCGUGAUUCCAAACUACCCUCGACGCGAUGGGCCAAGAUAACUUGUCUCUUCCUGGCCAUCUCCGCUUCACAAGACUUACCAAAUGUCGUGAACGGGGCGAGUCAGUCAAUCGCGAUGACCUCAUCCUUCGAUGUUACGACCCGUUUUUGUGGCGAAUCUGGCAGUUGCGCAGCGAUCGGGUCUAGCCGCUGUCGCUUUCGUGCUGGGAUCGCAGUCCUAGCACUUUCGCCGUAAUUUUCUUUCCUUGGGGUUCGGUUUGAAUGUUGCAUGACUGCCGUUUGGCCUGUAGUUUCUUUUCCUGGAGCUGUAUCGCCAUUCUUGAGUGGAUUGGCUACUAGGACACCCUUGUACAGCUUUCCGUUAAUGAUCACCGACACAAAGUACCCGAAGUCCGUAGCUUCAAUUAUACGUCCCGAAAGAGGUGUUCCUUUUGGAAUUGAUGAAGGUCCCAUCAAUGGCAUACUCGGGUCAGGUUCUCCCUUCUCACCGCCAUUCUCAGCGGAAUAGCCCUUUCCUCGGCGCCCUGAUUUGCCCCCGGCUGCCACGCCAGCUGCCUCUGGGCCGAAAUCUGUUGCUCGCAAUCCGAUAGAUUUCAAGUUUGGCAACAGCCUUGCCACUUCUAAUCCUUCCUUGAUAUGACCCAUCCCGUCACAUCCCCCAAAGAGAUAUAUAUUGCUACCCGCCCGAACGAGUCCGUGAAGUAUUCGGCCGUUGCUCGGAUGUAUGCCGUUUGCGAUUAGUCGCGUUGUUUGCAUUGCAUCGAAAUCUAUAAGGAAAAAUGUGGAAGGUGCUAGCAGUUCUUCGCUGUGUAAAAUCCCUCCCCACAUGAGCACCUGAGUCUUUUCUGUGGGCAACGCUAUUA